AUGCAGCCAUUAGCGCGCUCCAGUGCCUCCCAGUGUGCCAGGCCGGACUGGGCCAGGAGCCAGCCACAACAGAGGGCCCAUUCAUCCAGGAGAGCCGGGAAACUCCGCCAGCAUCACCACUCACCGUCCGAGGCCCCUGUCGGCAAGGAGACAGACCUGGCAACCACCGGAGAGGAGCAGGCCCUAAAGGAGACAGACCUGGCAACCACCAGAGAGGAGCGGGCCCUGAUGGGGAAAGGCCUGAACCCGCGGCUUUAG